GGCCACCUCCCAGCCACACCUCAACAUGGCUCAAUGGAUUAGCUUGGCGCUGUUGUCCGCACUGGCGGUUAGCGCGCUGAGUUUGCCACAGCCCGACGAUGGCGCUUACAACAUUCCCCGGGUGGGCACGGGGCGCCGCUCCCAGUACUACGUGCUGCACUCUGACGGCACUUUCAAGUACGGCUACGACACGGGUGAGGGCGCCUACGAGGCGGCACGGCAGCAGACGCCCGGUCGCCAGACGGGAGAGUUCGGUUACGUAGACGAGAACGGCAACCACAUCCGUCUCGAGUACAGCGCCGACGAGGGAGGCUUCCGGCCCAGCGGCGCCCACCUGCCCGCGCCCAGCGCCGAGUUUCUCGCUGCCCACGCCGAGGCGGCCGCCCGCCCACCCUUCCGCGACCCUCUCGCCAGAGCCGACACCGACGCCUCCUACGACUUCGGGUUCGCCGAUGCCGGUCUCUCCCGCACCGAGCAGAGUGACUCUGACGGCAACGUGCGCGGCUCCUACACCUACACCGACGACGAGGGACGCACCCGCUCCUACACGUACACUGCUGGCCGCGGUGUCGGCUUCGUCAUCGAGGGCAGCGACCUCCCCGUGGCGCCACUGAGCCCCGGUGACACUCCUGCCGCCACCAGGCUGUCAGGCGGCGCUGCUGGUGCCGCCGCUGCUGCUGCUGCUGCUUUCCGCGGAGCUGGUGCCGGAGCUGGUGCCGGAGCUGGUGCCGGAGCUGGAGCCGGAGCUGGCUUUGGUGCUGGCUUUGGUGCUGGAGUCGGCGCUGGAGUCGGCGCUGGUGCAGGCCAGACUCACAGGACUCAUUCCACAUUCCGCUCCACCUCCUUCGGUUCCUCCGCCAACGGAGCUGCUGCAGGUGGCGCCGACGUCAGAAGGGGCCCUGACGGAUCCUACUCCUUCUCCUACAACGCCGGAGACCACGACCGCUCCGAGUCUGCCGACGCCAACCUUAACGUGGACGGAGAGUUCUCCUUCGUGGCUGACGACGGCGUCAGGCGCCGCGUGACCUACGAGGCUGGCAGCGACACCGGCUUCGUGGCCUCCGGAGACCACCUGCCCCAGCCCGUCCAGCCCGAGCACGGCGGUCGCGGUCCCUCCACCUCCUUCCGCAGGACUGGCACCUCCACCACCUCCUUCACUGGCGGCGCAGGCGCUCCUGGAGCAGGCCACCGCGGCGCAGGCACCACUUCUUUCACUGUCGGCGCAGGCGCUGCAGGAGCUGCCCAUCGUGGUGCUGCAGGAGCCGCUCAUCGUGGCGCCUCGUUCACCACCAGCCACGGCGGCGCCAUCGCCACCACCUACACUGCUGGCCCAGGCGCUGUCACACCCGAGAGCGAUCCCCGCUACGUAGGAGAACGCGGCAGUGUCCGCAGCACACUCAACCCUGACGGCAGCUACUCCUUCGCUUACGAGACACCCAGCCACUCCCGCGCCGAGACUGGCGACGCCAACAUCAACGUUGACGGCGACUUUUCCUUCGUUGCUCCCGAUGACGGCGUGCGUCGUGCCAUCACCUACGAGGCUGGCUCCGACACGGGCUUCAUCGCGGAGGGCGCCCACAUCCCCGUGGGUCCCCCGGUGCCAGGCGCCCCCAGCGGCCAGCCCACAGGAAGGAUCGUGCCCGUCAGGGAGGUGCCUUUCAUCGACCCACUGGCUGACACCAACACCGACGCCUCCUACGACUUCGCCUUUGAUUCCGAGACUUACUCCCGCUCCGAGACAGCUGACGCCGACGGCAACGUGCAGGGCACCUACACCGUGGUGGACGACGACGGCACGCGCCGCACCUACCGCUUCCGUGGCGGCGAGGGCAUUGGCUUCGAGAAAGAGGAGGUGUCCAGCUCUCGCGGUCCUCGCCCCUCCCGCCCCAGCAGCGCCGGCGCCGUCACCUCCUUCAGGACGGCGGCCACUGGGCAGGUCGCCCCCGGCACCUUCCCCUCCCACGCUGGCUCCACCACCUUCGGUGCCGGCGCCACUGGCACCACUUCCACCUCUUUCGGCGCUGGCGCUAGCCGCUACGCCGCUGGCCGCUACGGCGCUGGUCGCGUCACCUCCCACGGCAGCCACCGCACCGUGUCCACCUCCGACUACCAGCUGAACCAGUACGAGGCGCCCAACGAGCGGGGCAAGUACGGCUACGUUCUCACCUUCAACCGCUGAUGAGCUGCUGAGCUGCGGCGGCGCCCGCCAGUCGUGGGGCGGCGCCCCUCGACACACGCUUCCUCUGCCUGUACAUAUACAUUCACCUUCCUUCCACACCACAUCAGCCUCACUCGCUUCCUAAUAUAUUUACUGUAACGGUCAAUUGUCUGACUGAUUGCAGCUUUCUAUAUGAUAACAUUAAGUGCAUGGAAAAAGAAAUAAAGAAUGAUUGCAGAUCGAAUUUAA